AUGGCUUGCAUCUGUAGUUUGAUCCAGACUUUUGUAAGACCCAUACCAGGGGUGUGGGUGGCAUUUGAAGAGGAAGUUUCAAGAGUGGAUGAGACCAGGGAACAUCAACAAGAAAGCAGGCAAAUUCCAGCUUUCUUCUGUAUGUGCUGUUUACUGGGACCAUGGGCAUCUGCCACCAUCCAGCGACGUCCACGAUUUCCUGUCACUCUGAAUUCUGACUCCAGGAAUGACCUAUGUCCACCUGUCAGAAUUGGACAGGAUGACCUACCAGGAUUUGACCUGAUCUCUCAGUUCCAGGUAGAUAAAGCUGCAUCCAGAGGAGCGAUCCGCAGGAUGGUGGGCUCAACUGCAUUACAGGUGGCUUACAAAUUGGGAAAUAAUGUAGACUUCAGGAUCCCAACCAGGCAGCUGUAUCCUAGUGGACUCCCGGAGGAAUAUUCCUUUCUAACUACUUUUCGGAUGACUGGCAGUACAUUGGAGAAGAACUGGAGUAUUUGGCAGAUCCAGGAUUCCUUAGGGAAAGAGCAAGUUGCAGUGAAGAUCAAUGGCCAAACAAAAUCCCUCGAAUUUUCAUAUAAAGGAUUAGAUGGAAAUCUCCAAACAGCAGCUUUUUUAAAUUUGCCCAUUUUGUUUGAUUCCCAAUGGCACAAGGUUAUGAUUGGGGUAGAGAGGAGUAGUGUAACUCUUUUUGUGGAUUGCGUCAAGAUUGACACCCUACCAAUAAAACCAAGAGGCCAAGUUGAUGUGGAUGGCUUUGCUGUUUUGGGAAAACUAAAGGAUAACCCUCAGGUUUCAGUUCCGUUUGAGCUCCAGUGGAUGUUGAUUCACUGCGACCCUCUGCGACCUCGGAGAGAGACAUGCCACGAGCUUCCAGCCAGGAUAAGGACCAGCCAGACGACUGGGGAGAGAGGUCCUCCGGGUGCCCAAGGGCCGCCGGGUCCCCCGGGGCCCCCAGGAGUGCCUGGAAUCGACGGCAUCGAUGGAGACCGAGGUCCCAAGGGUCCCCCUGGUCCCCCAGGUCCCAGUGGCGAGGCGGGGAAACCUGGCUCUCCGGGUCUCCCUGGCGUUCCCGGUGCCGAUGGACUGACAGGUCCUGAUGGAUCACCUGGUCCUGUUGGCCCAAGAGGACAAAAAGGUGAACCUGGAGUGCCGGGGUCUCGUGGAUUUCCAGGCCGUGGUACCCCUGGACCUCCUGGUCCUCCUGGAUCUGCAGGACUUCCUGGAGAACUUGGUCGAAUUGGACCAUCUGGUGAUCCUGGGAAAAGAGGCCCGCCUGGACCUCCAGGUCCUCCUGGACCAAGUGGAACAAUUGGAGUUCAUGAUGGUGAUCCACUGUGCCCUAAUGCAUGUCCACCUGGUCGCUCAGGGCAUCCAGGUCUACCUGGACCGAAGGGUCACAAAGGAGCAAAAGGAGAAAUUGGUGAACCAGGAAGACAAGGUCACAAGGGUGAAGAAGGUGACCAGGGAGACUUCGGGGAUGUUGGAGCUCAAGGCCCUCCUGGCACACAAGGCUUAAGAGGUAUAACCGGUAUAGUUGGUGCCAAAGGGGAUAAAGGAGCUCGUGGUCUUGAUGGAGAACCAGGUCCUCAAGGUCUUCCUGGAGCCCCGGGAGAUCAAGGACAGCGAGGUUCACCAGGAGAAACAGGUCCAAAGGGUGAUAGAGGUAUUCAAGGCCCUAGAGGAAUAACUGGUCUUCCGGGACCCAAAGGCGAAAAUGGUUUGCCGGGGUUAGAUGGACGAGAUGGGAUACCUGGAAUGCCUGGAGCAAAAGGCGAACCAGGGAAGCCUGGCCCUCCUGGGGAUGUUGGACUUCAAGGACUUCCUGGUUUACCAGGAAUUCCAGGUGCAAAAGGUGUUGCUGGUGAAAAGGGUAAUUCAGGUGCUCCUGGUACUCCAGGUUUGAUAGGAAAUUCUGGCAAACCAGGCGAGCAGGGACCACCUGGGGAAACAGGGACCCGAGGGCCAAGAGGACCACAAGGCAGCAGAGGAGAACUAGGGCCCAUUGGUCCUCCAGGCCCACCAGGCAAGCUGGGUUCCCAAGGUGAUCCAGGUCUUCCAGGUGUUCCUGGCCCCCCUGGACUUCCUGGAUUGAAAGGCGACAGGGGUCUGGUUGGUGAACCUGGUCCGAAAGGUGAACAAGGUGGUCCUGGUGAAGAAGGCGAAGCAGGUGGAAAGGGUGAACUAGGAGACGUAGGAUUGCCUGGCCCUAAGGGAUCUGUGGGCAAUCCUGGUGAGCCUGGUUCGAGAGGACCUGAAGGGAUUCGGGGACUUCCUGGUGUAGAAGGCCCAAGAGGAUCACCUGGUCCGCGGGGCAUGCAGGGGGAACAGGGUGCUCCUGGCUUGCCUGGAAUCCAGGGCCCUGCUGGCAGAGCACCAACAGAUCAACACAUUAAGCAGGUUUGCAUGAGAGUUUUGCAAGAACAACUAGCUCAGAUGGCUGCUAGCCUCCGGAGACCUGCAUCGGGCCCUGCAGGAAUCCCAGGAAGACCUGGACCACCGGGUGCGCCAGGAUCCCCUGGAGAGAAUGGUUUUCCUGGGCAGAUGGGACCACGUGGCCUUCCAGGUCUUAAAGGUCCCCCUGGAGAACUUGGCUUGAGAGGUCCUAAAGGUGACUUGGGAGAAAAAGGGGAUAGGGGAUUUCCAGGAAGAGGACCCAAAGGCUUGCCAGGAGUCCGGGGCCUUCCAGGUGAUCCAGGCCUAGCAAGCUACGGGAGAGAAGGACGAGAUGGGGAGCGAGGUCCCCAGGGUGUGGCUGGGCUACCUGGAGUCCCUGGACCACCAGGCCCUGCUGGACCUCCUGGGUUUUGUGAGCCAUCAUCCUGCACAGUGCAAGCUGGUCAACGUGCCUUUAGCAAAGGGCCCGAUCAGUGAAAGAGCCCUGACAAAUCACUGUCUGCACCGACAACCGAUGGCUAAGAUAACAUGGAGGAGAAGUAUCUCCAUCCCCAUGGCGACAGAGUGAUCUACUCACUCUAAUGUAUUGUUAUUACAUUUUGCGAAAGUUGUACUUGAUAGGUAUAUUUUAAUGUUGGUGCAUGCAAAAUUAUGCAACGAGACCUCAGCCUUUUCUUGCAAAGAAAAUGGCAAUUAACAAAACCAAAUCUAUUUUUAAUGAAGACACACCCCACCACUCCACUGUUUCACAUCUGGAUGGUCUACAUGGCCUUGUAUCUUGGGCAUCAAUUCAAUAAAAAAGAAAUUAAGUUUUUUAUACCUCAAAUUCAGUGGUUGUUUUUAUGGUGCUUAAACUUGGCUAUUGGAUAAUUGCGACUUCAAUGGUAUAGAAAUUUACAUUUAUGGAAAAAAUAUUGGAUUUUGACUAAAUGGCACUGGAAGUCCCUGUAAAUGUGCUCUUUGGUUUAGCAUGGAAAAAAUGGCCAUGUACAAUAGCCCCAUUCAAUCCCCAACUGUUUUUAUUGUCAGCUAAAUUUUUUUGUUUAAUUGUGUCUGAAGUCUGUUGCAUCUUGGGUCCCUCUGUGUAAAUCAAAACAACAAGGCAAUAAGCACUGCUAAUGAUAAUACCCAGAAACACAAGUUUUAUAAGGUAGGUUAUUUAUUUUAAGUCUAAAGUAACAUCUCUGCUGUCAAAAAAAAGAUGAAUUAAUUUCUUAACAUUUUGCAUGUUUUUGUGUGAAUGGUUGUAUUCAAAUCAAUAGUCAUAUUCCAUUAAAAAUAGUCAAUCAGACUGCAAAAGAGAAUUUGGGCCUUAUUUUUUGAUUUGUCCCAUUUUUAGAGGUGUAUGUUUGAAGUUAUUUGUGUUUAUACUGUACAAUCUUAAAUUUUUGUUGGAUGGAGUCUUUGAUAUUACUGUGUCCUCUGUCAGGAGGCAGAAAUAAAAUGAUCCCUGUUUUUGUCUCAUUUUAUUUUGCUAUUUCAUUACUUCUAAAAAGUAAAAGGUGGAUAUAGUUACUGAAGACUAAGAUUAAACAAAUGCUUUCCAGCGACAGGACUUUCUCCUUACUAAGGAGCUAAGGGGCAGGAAGAAUGUAACUCUCCUCUUUUUUUGAGAGAGGGAGCCAAACACAUGUCUGCUUCCUGCUGCUACUAUCACUUUUCCCUCCCCUUCACUUGCAUCACCUCCCUUCCUCAACCAUGAAGUGCCCAUUGACACAUUUUCCCCUGCAUCCUUUGUCUUCUCCCUAUCUAUCCUUUAGCAACCUACCCCUUGGCACCCUUACUCCCCCAAACUAACUUGCUAACAAGUCUUCUCCCUUUUCUUCUACCCCAUCUCUCUCCUCUUCCCAGAUCUAGGGAGCAUCUGGAAGAAAGGCCAUGAUCUACCUCUCUAAGGACAAAGCGAACUGCAAAUGGGCUGCUAGCUCUACCAGGCCUGUGCUGCUCCCCAGGCUCCCGAUGAUGGCCCUUUUCCAAAAUAGAAAGAGAAUAGGGCAGGAAAUUGGUUCUCCAGACUCAGAGUAUCAGCACCAAAUGGCAACAAGAACUCCAUUUCCAAUCAUCACUGAAGAGAACUGGGGGAAGCAGGUCCUGAAAGUCAAAGUGGAGGGCAUUAACCCACUUAUUAAUCAUUUCAGGUCUUCUGCUGGA